AUGCCUGCUACUCGACCACCACCUCAUCAUCAUUCUGCGCGCCUCAAGGCCUUGCAGAGACUCUCUCGAAAGGACCCGAACAUCAUGGACCACACCCAACGAGCUGUUACCCACGUAAAAGCCAAGAAUGGCGGCUUGCAAGGUGGUAAUACUGCCAGUACUGCCAGUACUAGUGCUGGCAAGGAACUUCGUAUCCAAUGGAAUGCUGAUCCAAAGUGCACCGACAAGGUUGUCGAGUACCUCCAUACUCACCCUGCUGACUCCCACCUCUUUUUCUUCAAUGAUGGGAAGGCCCAUCCUGAUGGUGAUCGCCUCUUGGGUAAAGACAAGCUUUUGGUUUGCAGUGUAAUCACAAAGUAUGUCUUUGAGUGCAAUCCAGAAUAUGCGCCCAUAUAUACAAACGUGCUGGAGAGAUUUCAUGACUCAACAAAUAAUCACAUCAUGAGUCUCAAGAAAAAGUAUCGUGAAUGGUACAAUAAACUACAUGCGACGGGUGCUGGUGUCAUGCCACUCGAUGAUAAUGCCGCUAUAAACUUGUGA